AUGUGCCAGGCCGACUACUCGAACAGUACGUUGAAGUCAAGUUCUGGUCACUCGAAUGAGGAUCCUUCACCCGUGGAACGGGUCGCGCGAAAGUACUCAUGCAAAAACUAUGCACCCUACGAUGUGAGCCUACACAGCCUCUGUCCAGACCACUGUUACCGUACGGCCACAGGCGAUGGCAGCGAUGCAAUUUUCUUGAUUUCCGCGCACGGAAAGAAGAAGCUCGCGGCCGAAGAAACGCUUGACAAGGAGAAACAGCUGGUUUCCAUGGCUUCCCAAGUUAUAACUGGGGCAGUGAGAGUAUGA